GAAAACAUCAACAUUUGAACAUUAACUGGACUGCCACAAGUUUCUACAUUAAUGAUAAUGUUGCUGCAACACAUAUUUCAUACGAAGCUUUAGUAGUUCGCAAGAAAAAGAUCCAAAGGCUUCUAGAAAUGCUUUCUACUAUAAAAAUUUUAAAAAAAAGUCAUCCUGACAUCUUUGAUCAAUUAUAG